AUGGUGGGCGAUUCCGGGCAAGACAAAGACUACGACUUCGACAUUUUUGUGAUAGGUGGUGGUUCUGGCGGAGUUCGCGCGUCACGACUGGCAUCAACUGCCGGCGCAAAAGUCGGGCUGUGCGAGAUGCCUUACGAUCCAGUGAGUUCGGAACAAACAGGAGGCCUCGGCGGGACUUGCGUGAUUAGGGGCUGUGUCCCGAAAAAGCUGUUUGUGUUCGGAAGUGAGUUCUCUGCCCAGUUCGAAGACGCCACUGGUUUUGGCUGGGACAUCGCAUCGUCAAAGUUUGACUGGCAGCGUCUUCUCAAUGCCAAAAUGCAAGAGAUUCAGCGCCUGAACGGAAUAUAUAAGAAACUUCUGCAUGGCUCAGGUGUCACAACAUUUGAGGGAGCUGGCAAACUGAUAGAUGAGCAUACUGUAGAGAUUUCUGGCAAGAAAUCGACUGAGCGGAUUACUGCUCGUGAUAUAUUGAUUGCAACAGGAGGACGGGCUCAUGUUCCUGACAUUCCAGGCGCACAUCUAGGCAUCACGUCUGACGAGGCUUUGAGCUUGCUUGAGUUGCCUGAGAAAAUACUCAUAAUCGGGAGUGGUUACAUCGCAGUAGAAUUCGCCGGUAUUUUCGCAGGCCUCGACGUGACGGUAGACUUGGUUUAUCGGCAACCACUUCCUCUGAGAGGGUUCGAUGAUGAUCUGCGACGCACUGUUAAAACGAACCUGCAAAGUAGGGGUAUCACUCAACACGCUGAUUGCCAGGUGUUUAGUCUUUCAAAAGACGAUACAGGUCGUUUAGCAGUAGAGACGACGACUGGUGUACUCAAAACAGACGUCGUCUUGUUUGCGACAGGGCGAGUUCCCAAUACUUCACGACCCAGUUUAGGUCUUGAUACCGUGGGUGUUGACAUCUCUGUCACUGGCGCCAUCAAAGUAGAUGAAUACAGCCGAACGAACGUGAGUAAUAUAUGGGCCGUUGGUGACGUGACAAAUAGGGUCAAUUUGACUCCUGUGGCACUCAUGGAAGGGAUGGCUUUUGUUGACACUGUUGUGAAAGGUGUACCAACGAAACCAGAAUACGACAAUAUACCGUGUGCCGUUUUCUCACAGCCCCCAGUUGCGUCCGUCGGACUAUCAGAGCAAGACGCGAUCGCGCGUGGACAUAAGUGCGAUAUCUACACCUCGGCAUUCACACCCAUGAAAUAUUCGCUUUCUGGACGUAACGAGAAAGCCUUGAUGAAACUCGUUGUUGAGACCUACAGUCAACGAGUGUUAGGUGUACAUAUGGUAGGUCCUGAUGCCGCGGAAAUAAUGCAAGGUUUUGCGACGGCUUUGAAGUGUGGAGCUACGAAGCAGCAAUUCGAUCAGACUGUGGGUAUACAUCCAUCGAGCGCUGAGGAAUUUGUCACAAUGCGAACGAUGACACGGCAAGUUGGUGGGGAUGCCCAACGUGACUGA